AAGUCGUGUCCCAUUUGAGAUUAGAUCAAAUACGGUAAUAGCCUCAACUGGCGCGGAGCCAUAAAUGUCCCCAUUCGGCUGCGCCGCACUGGCACUCAUUAGACGCAUUUAACAAGACCAUCAAUUUUUUCCUCGACCGGCAUUUCACUUUUUCUCCCAUAAACGCUCACAGAUCUAUCGCUUACGCCAUCAACGAUCUUCUAUGUGAAGCACUGUUGUGUGUGUUUAUCCCAUUUGUCCAGCUAAAUCGAUAGCGGCACGCAUUGGCGACAAAUCUCUCACGAGCAGUGUGAAUUUUCCUUUAUGAUUAAUCAGUGUGUAAUGAAGUUUCCAUGUCAAGUGGCGACGUGAAUGGGACUGGCACCGGUUGGAUACUGCUUAUAUAAACAAACGUCGAUCUCGGAUGCAAAACGGGAAUCGAGUUGAUCUUUAGGAAAGCUUCAGGCAGUACCGGCGCGUCACCUGUAUGCGUAUUGAUAGGUCACUACGAUGAAUAUGUUUUGUUUCCAUUGUCCGCCGCUGUUGUCGCAACAGCUGCGGCUGCCAACGCUGGAAUAUCCUUGCCUGCCGCAUCAUCCAUAUCCAUCCAUAAGUUAUCCACACUCUGAUCUACACGACGAUGCCUAUCCGCGUCGUAAACAGCGGCGCAACCGGACAACCUUCACCGUGCAGCAGUUGGAAGAACUGGAAACGGCGUUUGGUGUUACACAUUAUCCGGAUGUUUUCACCCGGGAAGAUUUAGCCAUGAAAAUUAACCUGACAGAAGCCCGCGUUCAGGUUUGGUUUCAAAAUCGGCGAGCAAAAUGGCGGAAACACGAAAAAAUUACCAGUGACAAGAAGAAACCACACGAUGACAAAGAUAAUGAAGGGCGAAGGAGCUCCUCCGCAGCAUCACACCGUAGUGACGACGAACAUGUUGACCUUUCCGGUGAUGACAUGUCAGAAACGUCUUCGGUGGCAUCGUCUGUAGGAAAAAAGAAAUAUGACGACAGAAAACAUUCGCACAUGGAAAUUAAGAAGAAUGUCGUGGAACCGGCAUUAAAUUUCGAAGAAAAGCCAAAACUGGAAAAGAUGUUGAGCGCGACAGGACCGAUGAAAAGCGGGUCCGGUGCAGCAAAACAAGUGCACACACCGCCAGCAAAUCCCAAGCGACAGCCGUGCAGCAGUGCCCGUUCCAGCUGCAGUCCAGUGCCGCUGCUGGCCAGCAGCAAGCCUGCACUGUCACUGCCGGCAGCGGCCAGCACGGCUCUAACCAUCACGACCACUCCGCCCACAUCAAGCGGCCUCAUCAAUCAAUUCGCACGGCCAUUCUUCCUGUCGAGUCCCAGUGGUGCGGCAGCAGCCGCUGCGGCGGCGGCGGCGGCCGGAUCUAUGUUGGUGCGAGCACCGGAUUUCCUUAAUCAAUACUUGGCCCGCGCCCAUGCUCCGCCCCAUCUGAGCGCCGCUUCAUCACUGUAUCCGGCGCUGAUGCGCUCGCCCUUUGAGGCCCUGGCCCCACUGUUCCCCGGUCGGUCAUUCCCGGCGCCCGGUGCCCACUUUGACCAGAAGACCAACAGUGUCGAGGAACUGCGCCGCAAAGCCAAAGAGCAUGCUGAAAUGUUGGCCAAGAAAUAAAUGGCAUACUAAAGAAACUGCCUACUGCAUUUAUACAGGAUAUUAAAUUUAAUUUUACCAUUGGA